AUGUUGGACGAGUUGUACAUCAAUCAGAUCCUCCACUGGUUAACCCGAAUAAUGGCAGGAGGAACAGGGAUAAUUUUGCUUCUUUUGAACAUCUGGUUCUUCCAAGCUAGUGCAUCACGGCUUCACUGCUGGCUACCCAAAGCUGUUGGACUAUGUAACAAGUCGACACCAUCGUGGUUCUACAACAUAUGGACGGCCCAAUGCACAGGUUUCCUCUACAGUGGCUGUGGAGGAAACUUGAACAGAUUUGACACGGAAAAAGAGUGCAACGAUGUUUGCUUACCCCCAAAUAAGCGAAAAAGGAACGUCUGCAGCUUGAAAGCGCGGUCAGGCAACUGCAAAGGUUAUAAUCCAAGGUGGACCUACGACCACAAAGAGGACAUAUGCCGGGGAUUCGUGUACAGUGGUUGCGGAGGAAACGCCAACCGAUUCAGCACGUGCUUGGACUGCAUGAGAAGAUGUAGCGGAAGAGACGGUCACUUACGCCGUUGCAUUCUACUGACGCCGAAAUUCAACGACAAGUAUUACGUGGCAUGGGAGCCCGAAUAAGCUGCACGGUGCACGUGAAAUGAGUAUU